AUGCCAAACGUGGUCAGAAAUAUAUUCACAUCAAGAAUACCCAAGCAAUACACAGCAUAUUGUAAAGAAACUGGUUUUGACAACCUCAGCGCAAGGGAACUCUACAGAGUUUUGAAGUUUUGCCCAGCAAAGCAGAAGCAAGCGUUGCAAGGUCUCGACAAUACAAGUGCCGAUGGCUUGCGAAGCAUUGAACGCUUGGAGGACAUUGCAAUGAAACUUGGUGAAAGGGAAAUAUCGCUGGAAUGGGUAAGAAAUGUUAUCCAUGGUCUUACAAACCUCAAACGAUAUUUGAAAUCGACUUACCGACUUCACAUUUCGAGCGAAUCAGAAUGAGCAGAUCAUUGCGCUGUUUAUGCACUGAGUGAUGCGGACAAUAACGAAUAUUCUCAAAGAUGUGACCAUACACAUUAUGCGUCAUGCAGUGAUUGUGAUCGAUUUGAACAAUUGUUUGAUGUGAUAAAAACGUCUUUUGCUGACCAAUCUGUCGUUCGCCAUGGUGAGGACGAAAAGAACGACGUGCUUCAUGAUGUACAUAUCUCGUUUGAAGCCAUUCUUGCUUGGAAAUAUCACCUAUUGCGAGCUGUCCAUCAGGAUAAAGCCAGGGAGCAAGCGCUCGAACAAUGGUUGUCAGAUUCUACAAAGGUUUUGAUCACUCAUGACUUCGCAAUGAAGUUUUUGCCUCGACGUUUUAAGGAAACCCAGGUGGGAUGGUUUGGUAAACGAGGUAUAACCUGGCAUAUUUCUUAUUGUGUCCGCAAAAUCCUGGAAGCAGAAAAUCAGUUUGAAAUAACUGUGUAUUCACACAUCUUUCACCAAACUGUAAGUCAGAAUAGUGACCUAAUUGUUGCCUUGAUGUGUCAUACUUUACAAGAACAGAAGGCCGAGCAACCAGAACUAAAGGACGCCUAUUAUCGUAGCGACAGCGCAGGAUCGUAUGCAUCAAGUGAUGUUCUUAUUCCAAUUAAACCUAUGGAAACUCUCACAGGAGUGUCUGUAAGGCGAUAAGAUUUUUCUGAGCCACAAGCUGGAAAGGCGCCAUGUGAUAGGAGUUCUGCUCAUCAGAAAUCCCAUGUGACUAGAUAUCUUAAUGAGGAUAAUGACGUCAUGACUGCUCUAGACAUCAAAGAGCACUUAAGUCAAACAAUGGCGUGAAAGUCGUUGUGCCGUAUGUUGUAGAAGGCGUGCCUGUUUCCAGCACAAAGGUCCAGAAAAUAACUGGAAUCAGCUUGUUACAUAACUUCGAAUAUGAUUCCAACGGACUGCGAGUUUGGAAGGCCUUUGACAUAGGAAAGGAAAAGUUGCUGAAGUGGAAUGAAUUUGACAAAAGCAGUCAAUGCUAUCGUCAAGAACUCUCAGUUGUUGAAGGAGGUGAUAAAGACCAGGCGUACGGAUUUGCUGCUGCAUGUAAAAAGGCCCAAACACACGAUGUUCAUGAUCAGGAGGACAAUGAAGGAAUCGGGGAUAGUACAAUGGAUGAGUCAGCAAUGUUUCAUUGUCCUGAAUCAGGGUGUGUAAAGCAAUAUGUUACUUGGGGAAGACUACAAAGACACAUCGUGACAGAAAAGCGUACAUUACAACCAAAAAAUGAGCCUGUGGAGGAUAUUGUGAAGCGAAAGUGGACGGGUUUGUUUACAAGAACUGUUUCGGUAGAUCAUGCUAUCAUUGGAGUUCAACUUUCUGCAGUUCAACUUAUCGAAGGGAAGAAUUUACCUCAGGGAUGGGCUUUAAAGAAAUCGAAGAAAUCCAACAGGUUUCCCAUUAAUUUAAAGUCAAGCAGUAUUUGA